AAUGAGGGAGCGGGGAUACAAUACGGGCGAAGGUCAGGUGACGAUUGAGUGGGAGUUCGUCUCAGCCAAUAAAACGCCACGAUACGCCGAGAGGGUGGAGCCGAGAGUUUCUCAGGUACGGUAUUUAUUUCGUACGGGGCACCGAAGUUCCGUGUCUCGCUUUGGAGAGUCACAAGCGCGCUUUUGCACCAUGAACAUCACUUACUAUGGCCCGAGGCGUACGAGCUUUAGCAGCCGAUCCCUCGGAUCCCUUCCGAAUCGAAGCUCUUUGUACCGAGCCAGUUCGGGCAGCUUUCAGCCGGGACUCUACCGAGGCUCCUUCAGUGCUUUGUCCAACUCUCCCCUCUCUACCUCGACGCCUUUCCUCCUCCCCUCGCUGCCCGCUUUGGAGAUUGACCCCAAGCUGCACCAGAUUCGCACGGCAGAGAAGGAACAGAUCAAGGGGCUCAACAACCAGUUCGCCUCCUUCAUUGACAAGGUACGCAAGCUUGAGCAGCAGAACAAAGUGCUGGAGACACAGCUGAAACUUCUGAAGGGCAAAGACCAAUACAAAUCCAAUGUGGGGCAUAUUAUGACAGCCCACAGCCAGCCCCUUAAGCAGCAGAUAGACAUGCUCAGUCAAGAUAAGAUGAAAUUGCAAAAUGAGCUGGACCAGACGCAGACAUUUCUGGAGGAACUAAAAAGCCAGUAUGAAGAGGAAAUAAAUCACCGUAACCAACUGGAAAAUGAGUUUGUGGUGACGAAAAAGGACCUGGAUGAUAUUUACUUGCAGAAAGUAGAUGUUGAAUCCAAGCUGGAGAGUAUCACAAAUGAAAUUAAAUACCUCAAACAGCUCUUUGAAGAGGAGAUCAAGGAAUUGCAAUCUCAGAUCCAAAAUGCAAUGGUCACUGUGGAGAUGGACAAUAACCGUGAACUGGAAAUGAAGAACAUAAUUGAUGAGGUGAAAGAACAGUAUCAAACCAUGAUUGCCAAGAGUCGUGAUGAGACUGAACAGUGGUACAAAAACAAGAUUGAUGACAUUGUCAGGCAAACUCAGAAACAUAAUGAUGGGAUGAAAAGCAUCAAAGGUCAAAUUGCCGAAUUGACUCGCUAUGCCCAGCAUAUCAACGGAGAAAUUGAGGCCUUAAAGAAUCAGCGAGCCAACCUGGAAAAUGCUGUGACUUCAGUAGAAGAACAAGGAGAGCAGGCUGUGCAAAGUGCUAAAAGUACCAUCCAAGACCUGGAGGAGGCCCUGAAGCAAGCCAAACACGAUAUGGCCACCAAGAUGAGAGAAUACCAAGAACUGAUGAACCUCAAGCUGGCCCUUGAUAUAGAAAUUGCCACCUACAGAAAGCUGCUGGAAGGAGAAGAAAACCGGAUGGUUGCUCAGGUUCCACCACAACAAGUCAAUGCCAUUAACAAGUUAGCUGGACUCCUGAAUCAAGGGAUAACUCUUCCCUCUCACAUUGGGGUUGCAGGGAUUUCGGUCUCCAACAACAACUCAUUGAAGAGGCCUUUGAUGAUCAAGACCAUUGAGACCAAAGAUGGGAAAGUCAUUUCAGAGGUCAGUCAUUUUUCAGAGAAGUGACUGGAAUAGAACCAGCAAAAAGUCAAGGUAUCUUAAAUACAUCAAAUGGAUUG